GUGUGUCUAUGGGUGUGGGUUGGAGGGAGUGUUUGGUAUUGCGAGUGCCCCCAGCAUAUAAAGGAACUGAGAGUGAGAAGAAAGCACGCGGAAAGAAGAAGGGAAGUUUAUCAGGGCUGUUUUGCAAGUUCAUGCUCUUGCAUUGAAAUCUGAAAAUAUUCCUCACUUUCAUUCAUUUGGACUUUUGACUAACGUACAUACUAAAGGGGGCAGCUCACACUGAUAGGGGGAACGAGGACACGCAUAAGAAAAAAGAAAAAAAGCCAAGAUGGCCCUUGUUGAGGAAACUUCAGUGAAGGUGGCGUUGGAAACUGAAGCAUCACCUGAGGUGCCUCAGGGUAAGACUGACUACCCCUUCACGGCCAGCAACAGUAUCUACACCGCCAUUUUGAGCAGAAACGAGGCCGUCAAAGAUGCCAAACGCCUGAAGAACUUCUUGGAGUUGCGAGACAAAUACGUACAAAAGAAGGUCCUGUUUGAAGACCCUCUGUUCCCAGCCAAUGAUUCUUCUCUUUGGUACAGUAGCAAAUUUCCCAUUGACUUUGAGUGGAAGCGCCCAACGGUGAGUGCCAUCUGUUUUCCCACUAGUAGGGGAGAAGUACGCCUUGCCUCAAGGUUGGAACUGUACGUGUAUGUUGGGGUAGGAGAUGUAUACAUUUAGAUAGUCAAUUGAAGGUGCUAUCAGAACAUAUUUAUCAGGGCUAGAAAAACAUAUACAAAUUGUCAUGCUGUUAAGAUGGAACUCAUAUUGCAAUGAAGACUGAACCACUGUUUCACAAAAGGAAAAGAAAUUGACAGGUUGUACUAGAGAACAUAACUGUCCUUCUUGAGUAAGAAAUGAUUUUGUUCGAUGGGUCCCUGGUUCGAGCCCAAGUCGGGCCAAGGAUGGGACCUACUCUGUUACACCUACCAGCCCAGCUCUUGAUGAAGUGUGUCAGACUAAAAAACAUAUUAGGGCUGAAGGCUGCAGACAAGUAGAUUAACAAAAACAGCAACCCAUUUGUGGUAAGGUAUUAUCCCUCAGCCUAAGAUCAAAUCUCUCUUCAUUAGCUGCAAAAACAUUGUUGUGACAUCACUUCCUGGUAAAUAACCUGGGGGAACGCGAAAGAGAUUCUGCUGCAUGUUUAUGGGCGCAUAGCUGAGGAUCAUCAGGUUCUAGAAUCACAGACAGCUGAGACUCUGCAAUAGGCAGGCCUCACCACAGAACCAACAGGCAUGCCACGAGGCUGACAGCGAGAGAUCAGAGGUAGAUCUGGGAUAUCAUAGUCAACCAAUAAUCAGCCUUGUCAGGCAGUGUGCCGUUACAAGACUCUCUGACUGGCAAAACCUGUGUAUUCUAGACUUUGCAGUCUUGGUAUUCAUUUAAGUCAACCGUAUGUGAAUCUUAUGUUGCAGUUGUCAGCGGGUUCUCAUUCCAAGAUGAAAAUAAUGAUAGGGUAGCACUUUACCUCAAAGCCUGCAAGUGUAAUGCAUUAUAAUGCAUAACACCUGUCAUAAGCAUGCACAACCCCAUGUCUUAUUAUCAUCUCUUAAUGAUCCUGACUAAAUAAAAUAACAGCCAUUUUGAGUCAGUUGAACGUUUCAUUCAUAGAGAGACAUAACAUAUUAUAAACCUCAUAAGAAGCCUUAUAAUAAGACAUUGUGAAGGCUCAUACAUGGGUGUGUUUGCAUUUCUGUGUAACACAUUAGUCAUUUAGCAAAAGCUCUAAUCGGGAGUGACUCAUAUUAGUGCAUAAAAUUGCUUAAGCCCAAAGUUGGUGUUACUCAGAUGUUUUCCAGUCAUGGAAUGUCACAGGACUAAUGGAGUCUUACUGACUUGCAGUCAUGAUAGCUUGACGUCAAUGUGACCAAGUCCCAGCUAAAGCCAAAGGGUCAACAUUAUCCAAGGUCUAAAUCAGGGGUAUGAGGUUAGCCUUCUUGUGAACCCAAGGGGCACCUCAUGUGAUGAGGAAGGAGCCAAAGAGGGGUUUACUGCUGGAGUGAACAGGCUGACCCAACAUACUAUCCACCAUAACUCAGAUCUUUACUACAGGAUAUUGAAAACUUGGUCGAAGGCCCAGAUUUACUAAGCCUUUGCAUCAGAUGCAAUCUUUGCACCUGCCUCAUUCAGGCAUUUAACACCUUUAUUUCAUUCUGGGAUAGUCACUUCAUAAAGUGUCCUAAGGUAAGGAAUGCUUUUUUUGGAUUAUCAAGACCGUCAUUUGAGCACCAGAUUCUCUUUUUGUUCAAGCUGGUCUGAAGUGUGUUUUGGUACGCUUUCGUCCCAAGUGUAAAAAACUAUACCACACCAUGUCAACCAUACAUACCCAUUCAUUACCAUGCCUUGAGACGUUAAAAGACAUGUCUUCAAAAUUUAUCUUAAAGGAGCAAUCUGAAGUUGCUACAUACAUUUUUUUGACUAAUAAAUUAAUAAUAUAUACCCACUGAUUCUUGAAGAAUAUAACUUAUAAAUGCCUCAUGAGCUUAGUUCAACUUUCUUAAGCUUGUUUUACUCCAAUGUUUAGUAAAAUGUGAACAAUGUAUAGCCUCAAAACAUGGUUAAAACUAUCAUUUUGAUAUCUUGGCUGGUCAGUCCUAUCUCUGUCCAUGAAUUUGAGAUCGGUUACAUUUCUCCAGGUCCAUCCCUCAGCUUUUUACCAAAACAGAGGCGGGGUGUGGACUUUGUUAUUGUUUUCAACUGCUGAUUGCACCUUUAGAUGUCUUGAAAAAUGGCUACGUCUCAAACUGUCUCAAUACAUCUUAAUUUUAUGUCUCAAGAUGUCUUGAGACAUCUUUCGAUGAAGGUGGUAUGUACCAACAGUAUAUCCAAGCUACUUUUCCAGAUGGUGGAUAUUUUUUGAACUACCAUACUGUAUAUUAUAUAUAACCAUCCCAGGGAGCUCCGUAAUUUGGCCUUGAUCAGGUUGCAGAACAAUUUUGAUGAACUUGCCAUUGGGUCAAAACUAUACAUUCAUAAAUCCACCAGGAGUGCAACCAUUUUGAGCCCAAGUGAGGUCGGCAGUAAGACUGGUCUAAGAAGGUGGUGAAGCAAUCGUUCUUGGCACACUUAAAGGUGUGGAGAAAUCAUGUUGGUGCAUGUGGAUCGGAUCCAAGUAUUUGUCAAUUUGCUGACUCAGCCCCUUGAGUCGUGAAACUCAAGCCCUUUUUUAUAACGACCUCCUCCAAUACUGCUUUAACAUAUGCUUCCAUAAACAAAUGUGACCACUAUGCAGUCCUACAAACACAAAAGUAUAUCCACACUAAUGACAGAACCUCACAUUUCAUUCAGGCAUUAUUAUGUACUGUAGAUGGACUUUCACUUUCUCUAUCAACAAACUCUAUCAUCAAUAAUGAGAUCAAGACCUGGGGUCAAAUAAUAUUAGAAAAAUAUUUUAGCUGUGCUUGAUUGAGCUUUCUUGGUGCAAUGGAACCAAUGGAAUAGUCCCAAAAGUACAAACCCCACCCUUCUGGCACUCCAGGCAGGCCAAACUAUUUGAACCCAGGUCCCCUCAACGUAGAUCCUUGGGCACUCAAUCUUUGUCCCGGUGAAGUGAGAAGUCCAGAGGUAUUACCAAAUACAUUAACCCUUGGUGGGAAAACUCUAGAGGUCGUGACCUGUUACAGCUGCUAUUAUGGCAGAGAUCAUAAUUCACUAGAUUGCAACUAGUAUUCUUCAACCCAGCCAGAGAAUAAGAGCAACCAACCAGACUCUGACACAACCCCAGGGGUCAAGUCCUCUCCCCAGGGGUCAAGACCUCUCCUCUUCUAUCUUUUCCUGUAGCCAGACUGCAACGGUGCAAAUUUGUCCUAUUUUUGUCAUUUUGUUUUGAAGAAAAACCUGCACACUGCAUUUGUCGGGUGGUAUCAUUUGUUUGUAUGCAUGGUUUUUAUUUUAUUUUAAGUCAUUAUGUAAUAAUUGACCACACAACUGCAGUGCUUUUCCUAUUUUGAAUCCCGUCUUGAAAUGACUGUACAAGCAAACCUACAGUAUGUUUAUACUGUUAGACCUUUACAUGACAGAGUUUACAUCCAGUCACCAGCUAUGUUUUACUAUAAAACCGGAUGUAAAGUUUAACACAAUACCUCUUUGUGCCAGCCCUUCCCAGCUCUUUUGGCAUCGUAGAAAUACAGUAGAACAACUAUUUCUAUGUUUGGUAUGAGGACCCCACUUUAAGGCCGCUAUUGCAUUUCGUUGUAGCACUUAAAAUAGCUGUGAACAGAUGACUUGGUCUACUGUCACUGUGUUUCCCCUAUGGAUCUAUCACUUAUCACUUACGUUGUGCAAAGAGGUUUUUGGCAGGGCCUUGCAUCCCUCCUUCAUAUUCCACUCAUGAAGACAUAAUUGAAAAGUGAGGUUGACUCCAGUUUUGAGUUCAUGUGUUUUGACCAAUGUUUUAUGCCUGUUUAUCACCAUAGGAGAUUGUAUAAAAUAAACUUAUCUUAGUUGCUGUCAAAGUACACAGGCCAUCUACUAAUGUAGCUUGAUAUCUUUUUAAGUCAUGUUGUUAUCAUGGUACAGUCAAGAUAUUCCUCUCUCCUCUCAAGACAUAGUACUAUCUGAUAAUAGAUUGAAGCUCUCACAAGAUGUUCCACACCCCAGUAGAACAUCACAACAACAUUCCUAUGGCUACAGCUGUUUUUCUCUUUCUUUGUUUGGCAGGAAAUCUGUGACAACCCCCAGUUCAUCAUAGACGGAGCCAGUAGGACAGACAUCUGUCAAGGAGAGCUGGGUAAGACCACAGAAAUCAUGCACUGUAUGAAAUCCCUGGGUAAGACUCUUGCUGCUAAAGUAUGCUCAUGGUCGAUGGUAUGAAGCAGCAACAUCUGACUAAUAACAUCUGCACAGUAAUGUAGACAAGUAAAAGUAGACAGUGAGGAUUCAGCCUUGAGUCAUGCGAGACCAGGAUGUGAGGAGAUCAAAAGUUAGACAGGUGUUAACUAACAGCACAAAUAGCAUUCACUAUUUAGCGAUCCCUGUUCAAACUGAAGCCAUAGUAUCUUGGCACAGUGAAAAGCAAAAGAGAGGGCAGACAACGUUUGAGAAGCACAGACAGCUGGGGAUGCAAUCAAGGAGCUCUCCUGUUAGAAGAGAGAGUGAGGAUGGAAAGAUGGUGUGAGAAUUUAAGCCACGAGAGACGAAAAGUUACCCCCGGUAACCACACUGCUCGCUGUAAAGGACUGACACCUGCAGCAGGGUAUGUGUGCGCGCGCGUGGUGUGUGUGCGCGCGCGGCGUGCGUGGUGUGUGAGCGCGUGUGGCAUGCAUGUGCGUUUGAGUGCUGUGUAACAGAAACCCCUCUCCCAUAACAUCUGCUAAAUGCCCGCUUGAGAACGCACUGGGGCUGCCGGGUCAAGCUACACCAGUCCAUGUUUUUGACACAGUUCAGAAAAUAGCCAUGCAAGUGGAUACCCUUACAUAAGCCUGUGUAAGGAGUCAGUAGUAUAUGGGUCCUGAAAUGGGCCGAGACUACCUGAACUUGACCAAUAAUAAAACGCUAAUUUUUCUUUCCCGAGGCUAAACGUUUCGUUGUUUCCUGCAGGUGACUGCUGGCUGCUCGCUGCUAUUGCCUGUCUGACACUGAAUGACAAGCUGCUGUACAGAGUUAUCCCACCAGACCAGAGUUUCACAGAGAACUACGCUGGUAUCUUCCAUUUCCAGGUACUGUAUGGUCAUGGUCAAUAUCACCUGGGAACUAUUCAAUCAAUCUAUGUAGACUCAGGACCUACUAUAUCUUAUUCAUGUUUGCCCCCCCCCCCAAAAAAAAAACAACAACAACAACCCUGUACUGAAUUAUAAAUCACUGAACCUUCAGUAGGGCACACUUAAAAAAAUAAAAAAAAGUGCAAUGGAAUACGAAAUUCUGUGAUCUAAUUGGACAAGUUUAGGUCGAACCUCCCUGUGUCACUGUUUCCUUCUCAUUUUCUUCCUACUGAACACAACCCAGCUCUCACUCCCUCUCAUCACCUCCCAUGCUGUCCAUUGUCUCGCUGUUCCCCGCAGUUCUGGCGUUAUGGCGAAUGGGUGGACGUUGUGGUGGAUGACCGUAUCCCCACCUCCAAUAACCACCUGGUGUUUACCAAGUCUUUUAGGAAGAACGAGUUCUGGAGCGCUCUGCUGGAGAAGGCUUAUGCCAAGUAAGUGUGAAUGAUGAUGCCACAACACAAGUCUAUUAAUAAUACACCCUGUGGAAAAGAAGGGUGCUCAACAACAACAACAACAGCAGCAACGACAACCCAGCCUCUGCGUCACUGUCGACCUGUAUAACCUGGUUCCAAUUGACCAAAGUUAAUUCACACCUUUGUAUUCUCCACUUAAUCAGGCAAGAUGAUGUACAAUUUGCAAUGGUUAUUAUGAAAUCAUAAACUGUAUGGUUGUCUCCUGGUCAGGUUGCACGGUUCCUACGAGGCCCUGAAAGGUGGCAACACCCUGGAGGCCAUGGAGGACUUCACUGGGGGUGUGACAGAGUUCUUUGAGAUCUCAGAGGCUCCAAAAGAACUCUACAGGAUCAUGAAGAAAGCCCUGGAGAGAGGCUCUCUGAUGGGCUGUUCCAUAGACGUGAGUCAGUCUGCUCCAUGCCUUCUGCCUUCUUCUGUGUGCUACUGUGAGUGACCGGGGUCCGAACAAAGGCGCCACACGACCGUGUAUCUCUGUUCUGAUGUUCUGUCCAUCCUAUCUCUCGCAGGACCUGUUGCCGAGUCACUGUGAGACUGAAACUGCAAAUGGACUGGUCAGGGGCCACGCCUACUCUAUCACUGCGCUAGAGGAGGUAUGGUUAUGGUCAUGGAGCCACAGUCAAAGCUGAAGCCUCUGGUCAAACCUCUACCAAACUGUAACUUAUCACUUUACAUUAUUAGAAAGACAAACAACCUGAAUCAAUGUUAUUGUAUUGUUGUUGACUGAAUCUGUACAUUGCACUCUGACAAUAGCAUAAAUUAAAACCUGGUAUAAAAGAAAGAAAGAAAGAAAGAAAGAAAGAAAGAAAGAAAGAAAGAAAGAAAGAAAGAAAGAAAGAAAGAACAACUCUAUGAAUAUGUUACAACACAGUAUCUACUAAUAUGAGGUGCGGGCCAAACUAAAUUAUCUUUCGCUGCUGACCAAGGGUAUCUUUCUUAGUGUGACAAGCUUAAGGUUACCAAGGAUACCAAGAUUCGCCUAGUUCAAAUGCGGAACCCCUGGGGGAUGGUGCUAUGGAAAGGGCCAUGGAAUGCAAAGUGAGUGCAGACAUUCUAAAGCCUAGAAUCAAUCAACCAACCAAUCAACCAAUCAAUCCUUCAAUCAAUAAACAAUCAAUCAUUUUUAUUCUUCCAGGGAGAAACUGGUUGUGCAGCAAGAGAAACAUAAAAUACAUAACAUAACAACGCAGCCUACAUGUAACAAGGUGACUUUGGUUAUUUUCUCUCCACAGGUCCAAAGAAUGGUCCACCAUCUCCAGCUCAGACAAGGCCAGGCUGAAGAAGAAGACGGUUGAGACGAGCGAGACUUGGUGAGCUGAACGAAGCCCUCUGAUAAAUGUCAAUGUCUCAGACAUUAGGGCUGGGCACUGUAACAAAGGAUUUCUGUGCAAAUGGAUAAACAACAAUCUAUUGUACUCUAUUCUAUUCUACUCUAUUUUCCUUAUAGGAUAUCCUUUGAGGACUUCAAAAAGAACUUCACCAAGCUGGAGAUCUGUAACCUGACCCCUGACGCACUGCUAGACGACAAGUCCCAUAGGUGGACUGUGGCGGUCAACGAGGGCCGCUGGGUACGAGGCAGCUCCGCCGGAGGCUGCAGGAACUUCCCAGGUACAAGGUUGACUUUGGGCUGUAAAAAAGAGUGUUUGAACUAUACUGAUUUGUAGUUGUGCACAUCAUGGUUAUGAUGCCUGCUUCAUUCUGCUUUAACUACACACUUUCUCAGCUGCUUGGUAGCCAAAAGUAGUACAUAGAAAGAAUGAAGACGUUGACCCCCACUGACCACGUCUCCUAUCUGAUGUCCCACAGACACGUUCUGGACCAACCCGCAGUACCGCAUGCGUCUGUACGAGGAGGACGACGACCCCGACGACCCCGAGCAUGUGGCAUGCACCGUCAUGGUGGCCCUGAUGCAGAAGGGCCGGAGGAAAGACCGCAACAAGGGUGCCAAGCUCUACACCAUCGGGUUCUCCAUCUACGAGGUGGGAUAUACCUCCUGAUAAACCAAACCACAAUCACAGGACAUAACUGGAGGUAUUCUUGAUCACCUAACCAGGAUAAAUGCUCGGAUGUUCUUCUGGGUUGUGACCAGUCGGUAUAAAACAAGAUACACAUUUUCGAAACUGAGUGAAAGGGGGAGAUACUACUGAAGAAACAGUCACAUUUAGUUACCAUCUCAAAACGUGUUGCUACGGUGCGCCCUACUGGUUAGGAAAAACUCCUAGCCCUAGCAUUUAAAAUAAAAUCAGUCAUAUAUUAAUCUUGGUUAACCCAGAAUUAAAAUUGUGCAUAAUUUGGUCAGAUGCUCAAUUAGGUUCUGGAGGGAAGCGUGUUAAAAAUUGAGAUUUCUGGUUUGCGAUGUCUCCACCCUCGCAAAAGGAAACUCUCAGCCAAAGCUGAUAAUUUAUUGGCAGGACAUCCAAAUAGGUUAAUCGCUUGAUACGUUAGCCUGUUUGUCUGUCCCGUCAAUAAAUUAUCAAAUCUAUACAGAAACAAAGUGCUCCCUUUUCUUUAUAGUCACCCGUUGACGUGUCCUGGGGUAAGGAACGGCCCUCAGUUGAGCACCUAAUUCCCUUUUUUGUUCAAGCUGGUCUGGAGGGUGUUUGGGUACACUUUCAUUCCAUAUAUGAAUAGGCACUGUAGUCAUGGUGAUACUGACUUUUCUUUGUUGUUUCUUGUCCUCAGGUGCCCAAAGAGGUAUGAUGGCCAGGUGAAGGAGGACCUUGGUGUGAUGAUGUCAGAGCUGAUGUCAGGGCUGUCCCAGUAGUCACCUGACUGUGGUCAAAGUGCUACUUAUGUGUGUCAGUCUGCCUCUGCUUCAGAACUUAAAACUAGGUGUACCUCUGUCUUAACUUGAAGCUGUGUCUUGGUGUUACUAGUGUUCAACAUGCCACCUUAGCUAUAAAAUAGCCUACACACAACACACCAAAAAUACACAAGAGAUGUUCAGAUAACAAUACAUAUUAUUUUAGCAGAACUGCGUCAAAUAAAUAUGUGAAAUACUUGAAAAUAUUCUACCCAGGUCUGCCUUAGACAUUUGUUUUAUUCUAUUAUACUGAUUAAGUAAUUUUUAAAAAUUAUUUUUUAUAGUAUGAUAAGUCAGAUUCCUUUUUAUAGUAUGAUAAGUCAGAUCCCUUUUUAUAGUAUGAUAAGUCAGUGCCAGUGCAUCACCCCUCUGUCCCCCCUCUCUUUCUAUCCCUCUAUCCCCCUCUCUCGCUACAGAUGGUUGGGAGCCAGCAGCACCUGCAGAAAGACUUCUUCCUUUACAAUGCCUCCAAGGCCAAAUGCAAGUCCUACAUCAACCUGCGUGAGGUGAGCGAGCGAUUCUGCCUGCCCCCUGGGGAGUACGUGAUCAUCCCUUCGACCUUUGAACCCCACGAGGAGGGAGAGUUCAUCCUCAGAGUCUUCUCCGAGAAGAACAGCACCUCAGAGUGAGUGACUGGGAGGGGAGGGAGAGAGGGGCUGCUAUGGUGGAGGGGUUAGGGAGUUUGUGUGUGUGUGUGUGUGUGUUUGUGUGAAUGAAUUUGUUUCUGUGGGUGGCCAUUUGUGUGUCUGUGUGUGUGUGUGUGUCUGAAUGUGAGAGUCUGCAUGUGGGGGCAUGUGUGGGUGGCAUGCCAGUCAAGAGUAGCAUUAAAGAUUAAGCCUCCAUGCCAGUCAAGAGUGGCAUGCCACCCACCCAAGAGUAGCAGUAAAAGUUAAGCCUCCAUGCCAGUCAAGAGUGGCAUGCCACCCACCCAAGAGUGGCAGUAUAUAUUAAGCUUCCAUGCCUUCGAUCUUCUGCCAUGGUGAUGAGUAACGUCUGUCUGUUCUCUCUCAGGGAAACCGAAAACACAAUUAGGUCAGACCAAAUAGAGGUUAGUAAAUGGACCCGCGUCUCUCUCUCCUCUCUCUCUGACCUGCCACUGGCAUUAAACAAGCAUGUGUGUCCAUGUAUGCUGAUGAUUCAACCAUAUACGCAUCAGCAACCACAGCUAAUGAAGUCACUGAAACCCUUAACAAAGAGUUGCAGUCUCCUUUGGAAUGGGUGGCCAGUAAUAAACUGGUCCUGAACAUCUCUAAAACUAAGAGCAUUGUAUUUGGUACAAAUCAUUCCCUACGUUCUAGACCUCAGUUGAAUCUGGUAAUGAAUGGUGUGGCUGUUGAACAAGUUGAGGAGACUAAAUUACUUGGUGUUUUUUGACACCACACUCCACAAAGCAAGUCCUGCAGGCUCUAGUUUGAUCUUAUCUUGAUUAUUGUCCAGUCAUAUGGUCAAGUACUGCAAAGAAGGACCUAGUUAAGCUGCAGCUGGCCCAGAACAGAGCGGCACGUCUUGCUCUUCAUUGUAAUCACAGGGCUAAUACUAAUACUAUGCAUGUGAGUCUUUCUGGGCUAAGAGUUGAGAAAAAACUGAAUGUGUCACUUCUUGUUUUUAUAAGAAACAUUAAUGUGUUGGAAUUCCCUAAUUGUUUGCAUAGUCAACUUACACACAGCACUGACACACACUUACCCCACCAGACAUGCCACCAGGGGUCUUUUCACAGUCCCCAGGUCCAGAACAAAUUCAGGGAAAUGUACAGUAUUAUACAGAGCCAUGAGUGCAUGGAACUCCCUUCCGUCUUAUAUAGCCCAAGUGAACAGCAAACCUGGUUUAAAAAAACAAAUAAAGCAACACCUCAUGGCACAUGCCUCUCCCCCAUGUGACCUACUUGUUGUGUGUAUAUACUGACAUGUAUGUGUAACUGAUAGAUGCACACACAAACUACAUGUUAAUGUUUUUUAAUGUAUUUAAAUUGUAAAUGUCUGUAAUGUCUUUUUCAUUUACAGUACCAGUCAAAAGUUUGGACACACCUACUCAUUCAAGGGUUUUUCUUAAUUUUUACUAUUUUCUACAUUGUAGAAUAAUAGUGAAGACAUCAAAAUGAAAUAACACAUAUGGAAUCAUGUGGUAACCAAAAAAGUGUUAAACAAAUUCUUCAAAGUAGCCACCCUUUGCCUUGAUGACAGCUUUGCACACUCUUGGCAUUCUCUCAACCAGCUUACAUUUUACAUUUUAGUCAUUUAGCAGACGCUCUUAUCCAGAGCGACUUACUGCCCCACCGUGGGAAACGAACCCACAACCCUGGCGUUGCAAGCGCCAUGCUCUACCAACUGAGCUACAGGGGACAUCACCUGGAAUGCUUUUCCAACAGUCUUGAAGGAGUUCCCACAUAUGCUGAGCACUUGUUGGCUGCUUUUCCUUCACUCUGCGGUCCAACUCAUCCCAAAACAUCUCAAUUGGGUUGAGGUCAGGUGAUUGUGGAGGCCACGUCAUCUGGAGAUCAUCCGUUCACCUACUCUGCGUCUCACAAAGACUCGGCAGUUAGAACCAUAAAUCUCAAAUUUGGACUCAUCAGACCAAUGGACAGAUUUCCACCAGUCUAAUGUCCUUUAGUAGUGGUUUCUUUGCAGCAAUUCGACCAUGAAGGCCUGAUUCACGCAGUCUCCUCUAAACAGUUGAUGUUGAGAUGUGUCUGUUACUUGAACUCUGUGAAGCAUUUAUUUGGGCUGCAAUCUGAGGUGCAGUUAACUCUAAUGAACUCUGGGUCUUCCUUUCCUGUGGCGGUCCUCAUGAGAACCAGUUUCAUCAUAGCGCUUGAUGGUUUUUGCGACUGCACUUGAAGAAACUUCCAAAGUCCUUAAAGUUUUCCAAAUUGACUGACCUUCAUGUCUUGAAGUAAUGAUGGACUGUCAUUUCUCUUUGCUUAUUUCAGCUGUUCUUGCCAUAAUAUGGACUUGGUCUUUUACCAAAUAGGGCUAUCUUCUGUAUACCCACCCUACCUUGUCACAACACAACUGAUUGGCUCAAACGCAUUAAGAAGGAAAGAAAUUCCACAAAUUAACUUUUAACAAGGCACACCUGAUAAUUUAAAUGCAUUCCAGGUGACUACCUCAUGAAGCUGGCUGAGAGAACGCCAAGAGUGUGCAAAGCUGUCAUCAAGGCAAUGGGUGGCUACUUUGAAGAAUCUCAUCUCAAAUACAUUUUGAUUUGUUUAACACUUUUUUGGUUACUACAUAAUUCCAUAUGUGUUAUUUCAUAGUUUUGAUGUCUUCACUAUUAUUCUACAAUGUAGAAAAUAGUAAAAAUAAAGAAAAACCCUGGAAUGAGUAGGUGUGUCCAAACUUUUGACUGGCACUGUAUGUCGGACACCAGUAAGACUAGCUGUCGCCAUUGGCGUCGGCUAAUGGGGAUCCUAAUAAAUAAAAUAAAAUAAAAAUCCACCUGUUGUCCAUAUGCACCUGUUCAUGUCUGUAUGUCUGCGUCUUUGUCCUCCACCUACCAAAAAUACAUCACUCAAACUUGAAUGAAGAAUAUAGUCCCACCACUGACAAUCUCUGUCUGUGUCUCUCGCUCUCUUUGUCUUUCUGUCUGUCUGAAUCUGUCUGUCUCUGUGUCUGUCUCUCUCUCCCUAUCUCCCCCUCUCUCUUUGUCACUAUUACGGAACAGGGUUUGAUUGUUCAUUGUUCAUUUCAAUGUUAACUUCUCCAUUUCAUUUCUAUGUUUAUUUUCCAUUUCUGCCUCACGCCGACAGCAAGGCAAAAACAGGACAAAGAAAGGAAAGGUACUGUGUGUGCAUGCAUCAUCAUAGUCUCUUUGGUUUUAACCAAAUUAUGACCGAGACAUUGAAUAUAGGAUGUUUUUCACGACAUCCUCUUUCACUUCUCGCUAGAUUAAAUAAAUUACCAUUGCAACCAGUGUCAUUUCACAUGUAGACUUGAAGCCAAUUGAAUAUUAGCCUGGUGGUCCCUGAUCUGUUCGGGCUGUGAAGCCCAACUCCUACGGCCGUUACUAUACCAAACAUAGGAGUUGGAGAUACAGCACAAACAGAUAGGGAUCCAGGGUAAUGGAAUGUUGGUCUACGUCCAAUGAGCUUACUGUCAUUUUCUUCUUCUAUUCUGUCUUUCACCUCUAACCCCUGUGUGUCACACGUCCCAAUCCACCUUCUCCCCUUACCUCUGGUCACCUCUAACCCCCCCCACUGUCCACCCCCACCCCACCACUACAACCCCCCCACCAUCCACCCCCCCACCUUCCACCCCCCCACCACUACCCACCAAUCCACCCACCACCACCCACCCCAAAACCGUCCACCCCACCACUACCACCCCCCACGCCACCCCACUACCCACCACCUCCACCACUCACCCACCUACCCCCACUCCCACCAACUACCACCCCCCACCUACCACCCCCACUCCACCACCGUCCACCCACCACUACCACCCCACUCCACCCCACUCCCCCUCCACCCCACACCCACCACCACCCCACCCCACACUACCACCCCCCACUACCCCCACCCCGUCCACCCACCACUACCACCCCACUCACCACCACCCACACUACCCACCUCCACCCCACACUACUACCCCACUCCACCACCAUCCACCCCACCACUACCACCCCACCCCACUACCGCCACCCCACCACCUACCCACCCCACUCCACCACCGUCCACCCCACCACUACCACCCCCACUCCACCACCGUCCACCCCACCACUACCACCCACCCCACCCCCCACACUACCCCCCCUCCACCCCCACCACACCCACCCACCUCCACCACCUACCACCCCCACCCACUACCGUCCACCCCACUACCACCCCACUCCACCACCUCCACCCACCACUACCACCCCACUCCACCACCGUCCACCCCACCACUACCCACCCCCCCACUCCACCCACCUCCACCCCACCACUCCACCCCCCACUCCACCACCCGCUCCACCCCACCACUACCCCCACCCCCACUCCACCCACCUCCACCCCACCACUCACCACCCCCCCACCCAUCCACCCCACCACUACCACCCCCAGCCCAUCGUGUUUGUAUCAGACAGAGCGAAGGCCAACAAGGAGAUUGAGCAAGAUGACAUCGAGGUUGAGAAGGAGCAGAAAGAGAAAGUCAAGGUUGUUCAAAGGGGAGGGGUGUUCUCCUUUAAGAGAGGAGGGGGGCAGAGGGGAGGGGUGUUCUCCUUUAAGGGAGGAGGGGGGCAGAGGGGAGGGGUGUUCUCCUUUAAGGGAGGAGGGGGGCAGAGGGGAGGGGUGUUCUCCAUUAAGAGAGGAGGGGGGCAGAGGGGAGGGGUGUUCUCCUUUAAGAGAGGAGGGGGGCAGAGGGGAGGGGUGUUCUCCUCUAAGAGAGGAGGGGGGCAGAGGGGAGGGGUGUUCUCCUUUGAGAGAGGAGGGGGGCAGAGGGGAGGGGUGUUCUCCUUUGAGAGAGGAGGGGGGCAGAGGGGAGGGGUGAUUGUGGUGAAACCUAUUGUGAUGGCAUGUGUUUGUCAAGGUGGCCAAGACAGGGAGGGGAUUGGGGGAUAAGUGUUUAAAUUGGGCGGAAUUUAGCCAAAAUAAUAAGAGUCUGGUAGCAGCAGUUGUGAUGUGUGUGUAGCAUGAAUGUAUAUGUGUGUAGGUGUGUGUAGGUGUGUGUGCACGCACCCAAACGAUGCCAGUCAAGUUGCACUUGACACAAUUCCACCUGUAGGCAUUUUACACCAUGUUGCGUUCUCCAAUGUAACUAUUAGCAUAGUGUAACCUCUGACCUAACAAAAUACGGGGUCAGUCAUAGGACUGAAACCCAAUCUACCCCAGCCCACAAAACAUCUCCUGUCCUAUCCUGACCAGGGAGAGACCACCAGACACCCCCACGGAUCCACAAUCAGCUCUAGAAGGUCAACCAAUCUCCAGUAACAAUGCACUUGUUCUCAGAACUGUGUAUUUACAUACUCAUAUUUGCUGUUGUUUGGUUACCAUGGUUCCUCCUCCUCUGGUCGAAAGGGGUAAUGAAUAAACAAAUGAUAGACAUUUAGGGCAGAUUUGACUUUUGCCAUUUGUCUACUGAUGUCCACAAUACAAUCAAAAUUAGCAUGGCUUUGUGUAGUGCAUGUUGGGAUAUAACACUUUUUAAACCAGCCUGAAACCUGAUAACAUCAUGCCUUCACUUCCAUCGAUCUUUCUAAAAGUUUCUAUCUUUCACUUUCCCAAUCAGCCAAAACCACAGCAACCGGAUGAGGAGAGCGGAGAACACAAAAUGUUCAGGGCCAUUUACCAGCAGAUUGCUGGGGAGGUGAGUGCUGGUGUGACUGGGGAAAGUGGGAGCAUUGGUCAGGGUAAUUGAAUGUAAGUAAACCCAAUGAGCAUGUUGUUUAUACGAAUCUAAUCCUCUCAGAUCUUCACAAGUGCAUAGGGGGUUAGAGGUAGAGGUUUGAUAUGGGAUUGGGCCGAUAAGGAUAGGGUAUUCUGAGAGGUCUACAUGCACACAGCUCAAAGGAGAUAUGUCCCCUCUCUAGGACAUGCAGAUCUGUGCCAACGAGCUCAAGGUGGUCAUGAAAAGGGUACUGGAAAAACGUGAGUGCUGUCAUGAUCCCUCAUUUUUAAUGCCGGACCCUUCCUCUUCCCUUGUGCCCACUAUGUCCACCAUUGGAAGAUGCUGAGGGGAGGACGGCUCAUCAAAAUGGCUGGAACGGAGCGAAUGGAAUGGCAUUAAAGAAAUGGAAAUGGAAAUGUUUGAAGUAUUUGAUACUAUUCCACUUAUUCCGCUCCAGCCAUUACCACGAGUCUGUCCUCCCCCAAUUAAGGUGCCACCAACCGCCUGUGAUGGCCACCUGCCAUGUCCUUUCUGUACACUUGUCACAUAGUGUCCACUCUGUAGUAUGCACUUAUCUUCUAAAUGAUAUUUUUCUCCACAGAUAAUGACAUGAAGACGGACGGCUUGAGCUUAGAGAGUUGCCGGAGCAUGAUCGCUUUGAUGGACGUAUCCUUCCAUGUGAUUUAUACUGGAACUCUAUUUGAACGUUUCUGAGACCAUCUCUGUCUGCUACUCUGGUUGCCUAUCUAUGUAAACACAGAGCAAACAACAAUGUUAAAGGUACGGACGGAUACAGUAGUAAAAGCAGUAGUUCAAAAUAUAUACAAUUCUAUGAAAUGCAGUUCUUCACACCAGUGGAGGCUGGUGGGAGGACCUAUGGGAGGACAGGCUUAUUGUAAUGGCUGGAAGGGCAUUAAUGGAACGGUAUCAUACACAUCAAACAUGGAAACCACAUAACUGGACUCCGUUCCAUUCAUUCCAUUCCAGCCAUUACAAUGAGCCCGUCCCCCUAUAGCUCCUCCCACCAGCCUCCACUGCUUCACACGGAAACGCCCAAGAGAGAAAUAUUGCCUGUGUUUCUACCCUAACUACUUCUCAGACGGACGGCACAGGAAAACUGAACCUGCAGGAGUUCAAACACCUGUGGAGUAAGAUCAAAGCGUGGCAGGUAGGAUCUUCCUGUCCAUAACUCUCCAGAGCCUGAUGGUUUAGGGGCAAAUCCUAACUUCCAUUUAAGUCGAAUUUACUCUUAGUCUCCCGUUGCCAUCACUGCUAAGUGAAAUUUGGACUUAAGUGGAAGUUAGGAUGAAGGCGCCUUCUGUAUGGGGGAGUUUUGUUUAGAGCCCCGACGCUCAAACUGAAAAUUAACAUGCAUCGCUUCAGUAAGGUUUUGGAAGCAUAAGGACCUCAUCAAUAAUUUUCAAAAAAUAAAAGGUUAAAUUGAUACACACCUUGAUAGGGUUAGUGUUCCCACGUGGCCAUAACUCCAUGUUACAGCACUUGUUUACAGAAAACAGAUGGAAGACAAGAGGUGACCACCUGUGCUAAUUAGCUAUCUAGCAUGCUCCGGACACCUGUGAGUAAGCGUAACUCGGGAAGAGUAGUGGAAGUGUAAUUUUCGUCAGAUGGAGGCACCCAUAGCUGUAUGGAUCUGUAACUGCAUCUUUUUUAUUUGAAGGAUUCUUUCUUGCUGAUGAAAGAUAAAGGCUGUUUGUAUUGAAAGCCAUAACACAAGCAAUGAUUAUUUACGUUUGUAAACGUUAAAACACAGCGUGGGGAUUUUAGUUCACGAGGUAAUCGUGGGCGAAGGUAAUGGCUGAAAACUGUAGGAAGAAAGCAGAAUGCCGCCUAGAGUUUGAGAGCAAUAGAUUCGCCCAACAGCGAUCAUCAGCAGAUAAUACACAUUUUCAGCACAAUAUUCAAACAGUCAUUAAUUGAGAUUGACCAUCAUGUGUUCACUGUGUGCAGCUGAUCUUCAAGAAGUAUGACAAGGACAAAUCCAGCACCAUCAGCAGCUUUGAGAUGAGGAACGCAGUCAAUGACGCAGGUGAGCUCCAUGGACAAACUUGUUCAGCCCUUGCAGGGCCACGUUCAGUUGCCAAACGUUUUCUAACGUUACAGAUAGAAAUAUCAUGAUUCGAGCCGACGUGAUUCAUUAUUCUACAUGUCAGAGGCAUGUUUGUUCUACAUAUUUAUAUCUGAACGUUUCAAAACGUUUCAUUCUGCUGAACUUGCCUCCAGGUGAAUGGACUUAGAAGUCUUCCCUGAGAGCCAUGAGUUGACUAGACUCUUUUUUUCUUGGCUCAGUACUAGUGUAAAAAGGGUAUUAUGGACCUCCUAUAAAAUGGUCCACACACACAAACAGUCAGGAGGUUGAAAGGAUUUGACAUGGGCCCUCAAAUCCUCUAAAAGUUCUACAGCUGCACAAUUGAAAGCAUCUUGACUGGCUAUGGUGCAGACAGUCCAGUGCAUCACUGGGGCCGAGCUCCCUGCCAUCCAGGUCCUCUAUACCAGGCAGUGUGAAAGGAAGGCCCGGAAAAUUGUUAAAGACUCCAGCCACCCAGCCACUCCAGCCACCGUUCAACCUCUCUUUCGUAACGUCUGUGAUCCCCAGAGAUUGGAAAGCUGCCGCGGUCAUCCCCCUCUUCAAAGGGGGUGACACUCUAGAUCCAAACUGUUACAGACCCAUAUCCAUCCUGCCCUGCCUUUCAAAAGUUUUUGAAAGCCAAGUCAACAAACAGAUCACCGACCAUUUCGAAUCCCACCGUACCUUCUCCGCUAUGCAAUCCGGUUUCCGAGCUGGUCAUGGGUGCACUUCAGCCACGCUCAAGGUCCUAAACGAUAUUAUAACCGUGAUCGAUAAUAGACAGUACUGUGCAGCCGUUUUCAUUGACCUGGCCAAGGCUUUCGACUCUGUCAACCACCGCAUUCUUAUUGGCAGACUAAAUAGCCUUGGUUUCUCAAAUGACUGCCUCGCCUGGUUCACCAACUACUUCUCAGAUAGAGUUCAAUGUGUCAAAUCGGAGGGCCUGUUGUCUGGACCUAUGGCAGUCUCUAUGGGGGUGCCACAGGGUUCAAUUCUUGGGCCGACUCUUUUCUCUGUGUAUAUCAAUGACGUCGCUCUUGCUGCUGGUGACUCUCAGAUCCACCUCUACGCAGACGACACCAUUUUGUAUACAUCUGGCCCUUCAUUGGACACUGUGUUAACAAACCUCCAAACGAGCUUCAAUUCCAUACAACACUCCUUCAGUAGCCUCCAACUGCUCUUAAACACUAGUAAAACUAAAUGCAUGCUCUUCAACCGAACGCUGCUUGCACCCGCCCACCCGACUAGAAUCACUACACUCGACGGGUCUGACCUAGAGUAUGUGGACAACUACAAAUAUCUAGGUGUCUGGUUAGACUGUAAACUCUCCUUCCAGACUCACAUUAAGAAUCUCCAAUCCAAAGUUAAAUCUAGAAUCGGUUUCCUAUUUCGCAACAAAGCCUCCUUCACUCAUGCUGCCAAACAUGCCCUCGUAAAACUGACUAUCCUACCGAUCCUUGACUUCGGCGAUGUCAUUUAUAAAAUAGCCUCCAACACUCUACUCAGCAAAUUGGAUGUAGUCUAUCACAGUGCCAUCCGUUUUGUCUCCAAAGCCCCAUAUAAUACCCACCACUGUGACCUGUACGCUCUUGUUGGCUGGUCCUCACUACAUAUUCGUCGCCAAACCCACUGGCUCCAGGCCAUCUAUAAAUCACUGCUAGGCAAAUCCCCGCCUUAUCUUAGCUCAUUGGUCACCAUAGCAACACCCACCCGUAGUCUGCGCUCCAGCGGGUAUAUCUCACUGGUCAUCCCCAAAGCCAACACCUCCUUUGGCCGCAAUUCCUUCCAGUUCUCUGCUGCCAAUGACUGGAACAAAUUGCAAAAAUCUCUGAAGCUGGAGACACUUAUCUCCCUCACUAACUUUAAGCAUCAGUUGUCAGAGCACCUUACCGAUCACUGCACCUGUACACAGCCCAUCUGAAAUUAGCCCGCCCAACUACCUCAUCCCUAUAUUGUUAUUUAUUUAGCUCAUUUGUACCCCAGUAUCUCUAUUUGCACAUCAUCUCUUGCACAUCUAUCAUUCCAGUGUUAAUACUAAUUGUAAUUAUUUUGCACUAUAGCCUAUUUUAUUGCCUUACCUCCAUAACUUGCUAAAUUUGCACACACUGUAUAUAUGUAUUUCUGUUGUAUUUUUUUUUACUUUGUUUUGUUUUACCCCAUAUGUAACUCUGUGUUGUUGUUUUUAUCGCACUGCUUUGCUUUAUCUUGGCCAGGUCGCAGUUGUAAAUGAGAACUUGUUCUCAACUGGUUUACCUGGUUAAAUAAAGGUGAAAUAAAAAUAAAAAAAUAAAAUAGACUGUUCUCUCUGCUUCCGCACAGCAAGCAAUACUGGUGAUUCAAGUCUGACACCAACAGGCUCCUGAACAGCUUCUAUUCCCAAGCAAUAAGACUGCUAAAUAUUGCAAAAAUUCUAGCAAAAUGUAUAGCGCAUAGAAUUAAAAAGGUAUUGUCGAAUAUUAUUGAUUCUAAUCAGACAGGUUUUUUACAUGGAAGAUACAUUGGAGAUAAUAUAAGGCAAGUAUUGGAAACAAUAGAACACUAUGGAAAAUCUGGGAAACCAGGCCUGCUAUUCAUAGCAGACUUCGAAAAGGCAUUUGAUAAAGUACGACUGGGGUUUAUAUAUAAAUGUCUGGAGCAUUUCAAUUUUGGAGAAUCUCUUAUAAAAUGGGUCAAAAUCAUGUAUAGUAACCCUAGGUGUAAAAUAGUAAAUAAUGGCUAUUUCUCAGAAAGUUUUAAACUGUCAAGAGGAGUGAAACAAGGUUGUCCACUAUCGGCAUAUCUAUAAUAUCAGAGGAUUAGAAAUCCAGGGCUUAAAAACAAAGGUGUCAUUGUACACUGAUGAUUCAUGUUUUCUUUUAAAUCCACAACUAGAAUCCCUCCACAGCCUCAGAGGAUCUAGAUACAUUUUCUAACCUCUCUGGAUUACAACCGAAUUAUGACAAAUGUACAAUACUACGUAUUGGAUCACUAAAAAAUAAAAAUGUUACUUUACCAUGUAGUUUACCAAUAAAAUGGUCUGAUGGUGAUGUGGAUAUACUCGGAAUACAUAUCCCAAAGGAAAUAAAUGAUCUCACUUCAAUACAUUUUAAUAGAAAGUUAGCAAAAAUAGAUAAGAUCUUGCUACCAUGGAAAGGUAAAUACCUGUCAAUUUGUGGAAAAAUCACCCUGAUUAACUCUUUAGUAUUAUCCCAGUUUACCUAUUUGCUUAUGGUCUUGCCUACGCCUAGCGAACAGUUUUUUAAAUUAUAUGAGAAAAAAAGAUUCCAUUUUAUUUGGAACGGCAAGCCAGACAAAAUUAAACGGGCCUAUUUAUAUAAUGAAUAUGAAUUCGGAGGACAGAAAUGAUUAAAUAUUAAAGCAUUAGACCUAUCACUAAAAGCUUCAGUCAUACAAAAGUUAUACUUCAAUCCGAACUGGUUCUCAAGCAAAUUAGUAAGAUUGUCUCACCCAAUGUUCAAGAAUGGCCUUUUUCCCUUUAUUCAGAUUACAACCACUCACUUUCAGUUAUUUGAAAAGGAAAUCAUCUCCCAAAUAUCACUAUUUCUAAAACAAGCCAUAGAAAGUUGGUUUCAAUUUAAUCCUCCAGAAACGACAGAACAAAUAAUGCAACAAAUAUUGUGGUUAAAUUCAAAUAUACUAAUUGACAAAAAAACUUUAUUUUUUGACAGAAUGUUUAAAAAAGGUAUAAUCUUCGUAAAUGAUAUCAUCGGUAGGACUGGUGGAGUUAUGUUGCACAUGCAGCUAACAAAAACAUAUGGAAAUGUCUGCUCUACCCAAAAUUACAACCAAAUAAUUGCAGCCUUACCGCAAAGAUGGAAGAGGAAAGUGGAAGGGGGAGAAAGUAAGGAACUUGUCUGUCGGCCUUGCAUUAAAGAACAUAAUUGGUUAAGGAAAACUGUGAUAAAUAAAAAAGUAUAUCAGUUUCAUUUAAGGACCAAAGGAUUGACAGCCGUCCCAUACAGCUAAAUACUGCUAAAUGGCUAAUAAAAUGGCUACACGAACAAUCUGCAUUGACCAUUCUAUUUGAUGUCACUUUACCCCUAUACAUACACUAUAAAUACAAAAGUAUGUGGACACCCCUUCAAAUGGAUUCGGCUAUUUCAGCCACACCUGUUGCUGACAGGUGUAUAAAAUUGAGCUUUACUGUAUCUUGGGCAGGAAGUCUUGAUAAAACCAUCCAUAUACAAAAUAAUACUUCAGACACAUCAGAUGAUACAGUGUCCCGUCAAGCAGAAAUAGGCACCUUCUAAACUAAACAAUCCCAGAGCCCCUCUCCUGUAAUCUCGUCAUUUUUUCCUGCUGCAUUGACAUAUGUUCGGUACCUGUGACAUCAACUAGCCAAAAUAUAAAACCUGUUGUUUAACAAAUCUGUUAGGACCUUCAAAAAGUUGUUGCUGGCUUAUCAGCUCAAUAUUCGGUACUAAAAACAUUUACUUGGAUCUACUUCAAAUCUGGACACAGUUCCUCGUAAUGGAAACAGAUCAUUGUUUUAGAUGACAUGACCUUCUUACUUAAAUCUAUAGAAUUGAGUAAUAAUAAUUGGAAAUGGUCAAAAAAGUAUCUUAUUCAAUUAUUCAUACCUCUGUCCCAAAUGUCCCACUGUGUCCCUUACAGCCUGUUUGAGUUCAGUGAGAACUACUUAUUUUCCACAGGAAGCUUAUCUUUAACCCAAACAACAGAUGGCGGCCUCUAAUUUAAUAUCAGUCCCAAUGCUCAAUCCCUCUGUUCAUCAUGUGACCUUGUAUUGAAACAUUUACUUCUUCAAAUUACUAAGACACUAAUAUUGCCAUUCACUUUGUAACUUUCACUAGUCUCCAUAACCAGGACUCCCUUCCCAAUAGGAAGACCUUCUCAAUCACUACGGCUAAUACACACGGAUCACUCUCAAACACUGUUCUGCUUUCACCCCAAUUGUAAGGUUUAAAACAAAACAAACAUGAUAACUUUCUCCGUAUUGGAAGGCAUUGUUUUCAUUUUAGUCUACCCUAACAAUGUUACUCUUAUAGAAAUCCUAUAUGGAUGAUGUUAAGAGAUAGAUGGGAGGUAUUGAAUAGAGUUGAAGGAUGGGACUAAUAACAAAUAACAACAAAUAAUAACAAAGAUAGCUAAUAAUGUAAGCAUACUGUGUCCAUAAUAAGUAUAUAGGUUGUAUGUUGGGAGCUUUUGGGAAAGAGCACAGUUGGAAAGAUAUGGCAUAUAGAAGCAAACCGGAUGGACAUCAUGAAAAUGAUCGGAGAGGUUGAGAGUAGAAGAAGUUCAGGAGCAAAAUAAAUAAAUAUAUAUAUAUAUAUAUAUAUAUAAAAAUUGUAAAAUUAACUGUGUCCAUAAGGUGUAGAUAGUAAGUAUAGACCAGAAGUAGAGGCCUGGGCAUUGUUGUUCACUAAUUUACUCCAAGUAGGGAAAGGAUGGCGGGGUUGAAAAUUAAUAAAGGGGAGUAUAUAUAUAAAAAACAUGGGGGAUUGGAAGUGAUGCAGACAAUUACAUUGAUAGAAGAUAAAAUCUAUCUGCAAUAUUAAGCUGAUCCAUCCCCCCCCCCCAAAAAAACAAACAAUGUUACUCUUUAAUAUUUACUACCAAUUUCUGUUGGAUAUUCACUUUCUGCUUCACACUUAUUAAAUGUCUUAUUUUGAGAUUAACAUGUAAUGCGCCGAAUUUAUAAAAUGCAUCGGCUAAUUCAGAAGGGAAGAGAUCACAUUUCUGGGAUCAACUUUCACUAUAACUGGGCUGGCACUGUAUCAGUCUCCUAUAGAUGGCGUGCUCUGUCCAUAAUAAGUCUCUACCAAGCAAGUUAAACUCUAGUAACCCAUUAUACAUUGAUACGUUGUUACUUUAUCAAAUCUAGUAACCCAUUAUACUAUUAAUUUAUCUUAAUACUUUUUACACCACUUACGUACGUCUACGUGUGGGUGUGCAAGUUGUAUAUUAUUUUUUCUAUUGUUACUUCAUCAAAUCUCUAGUAACCCAUUAUACUCUUCAUAUGUUACUAUCUCUAGUAACAGCAUAUUCGGGAAUAGUACUUUCUCCUUUCAUAUCUCCACACACAUAAUAACUAAACUCAGCAAAAAAAGAAAUGUCCCUUUUUCAGGACCCUGUCUUUCAAAGAUAAUUUGUAAAAAUGCAAAUAAUUUCAGAUCCUCAUUGUAAAUUAUAAAAAUGAAAAAAUGUAUGCACUCUAACUGUAAGUCGCUCUGGAUAAGAGCGUCUGCUAAAUGACUAAAAUGUAAAUGUAAAAUGCAAAGGGUUUAAACACUGUUUCCCAUGCUUGUUCAAUUAACCAUAAACAAUUAAUGAACAUGCACCUGUGGAACGGUCGUUAAGACACUAACAGCUUACAGAUGGUAGGUAAUUAAGGUCACAGUUAUGAAAACUUAGGGCACUAAAGAGGCCUUUCUACUGACUCUGAAAAACACCAAAAGAAAGAUGCCCAGGGUCCCUGCUCAUCUGCGUGAAUGUGCCUUAGGCAUGCUGCAAGGAGGCGUGAGGACUGCAGAUGUGGCCAGGGCAAUAAAUUGCAAUGUCCGUACUGUGAGACGCCUAAGACAGCACUACAGGGAGACAGGACGGACAGCUGAUCGUUCUCGCAGUGGCAGCCCACGUGUAACAACACCUGCACAGGAUCGGUACAUCCGAACAUCACACCUGUGGGACAGGUACAGGAUGGCAACAACUGCCCAAGUUACACCAGGAACGCACAAUCCCUCCAUCAGUGCUCAGACUGUCCGCAAUAGGCUGAGAGAGACUGGACUGAUGGCUUGUAGCCCUGUUGUAAGGCAGGUCCUCACCAGACAUCACUGGCAACAAUGUCGCCUAUGGGCACAAUAAAUGCAGUUGACAGUGAGAGGACGUUUCUUUUUUAUAUACCAUCAAACUCCACUGAUGAGACAUGUUAUCCUCGCUAUCUCUAAUGAGUCAUGUUACCCUCCUGCGACAUGUUAUCCUCAUUACUAAUAAGACAUGUUACCCUCCUGAGACAUGUUAUCCUCGUUACUAAUGAGACGUGUUAUCAUGUUACCCUCCUGAGACAUGUUAUCCUCGUUACUAAUGAGACGUGUUAUCAUGUGAUCCUCUAAUGAGACAUGUUAUGUUAUCCUCAUUACUAAUGAGACAUGUUAUCCUCUGAGACAUGUUACCCUCGAUUGGGAUCCUGAGACAUGUUAUCCUCUACCUGUAGAUCCGACUGGCAGUGGUGGACAGAACCGUAGAUGACAUUAUAGAUUAAAAAAACUCAGCUCACACAAUUGUUUGGGGUGUUCAUUCAACUCUUUCACAUCGGAGCUCGUCCCCUGACAGCUCUCACUCACUCAGUACUUAAUAGCAAAAUUUCAAACCUCUUAUUAUCCAAAUUUCAAUCAGCUUAUUAUCCACAUUUCAAUUAUCUUGUUAUACAAAUGUCAAUCAGCGUAAUAUCCACAUUUCAAUCAGAUCAACACGUCCUUUCCACACUCACACAACUUUCACAUCCACAUUCACUUAGUACUAUUCCCAAACACACUCGGUAAUCUCCCUUAUUACCCCAUGUGCAUCUUCAACGAUUCUCUUGUUAUUACUUCCUAUGCACCAUAUGUAUCUUCAACAAGUUCUCUUGCCGCUACCUCCUAUACAUAUAUAAUAACACCACGUGCUAUUAGUAGUGGCUGCAGACCACGUAGACACUACCUACAGACAGCUGUCAGCGGGGCUUUCCAUGGUACCGUUACUCGCCCUCGCUCUAGUCUUCUCACCAUAAGACUAGUGAAUAGCUUUCUCAUAAGACUAUGGGUACUUUUUUUUAUUGUUCAGUUUUAUUGGUUUUAUUAUUUAUUUUUAUACAGAAUCAUUUAAAUUGACUUUAAAUUGAACUGGGUGAAAGUGUUGUGGUCAGAUGAGACCAAAAUUGAGCUCUUUGGCAUCAACUCAACUCGCCGUGUUUGGAGGAGGAGGAAUGCUGCCUAUGACCCCAAGAACACCAUCCCCACCGUCAAACAUGGAGGUGGAAACAUUCUGCUUUGGGGGUGUUUUUCUGCUAAGGGGACACGACAACUUCACCGCAUCAAAGGGACGAUGGACGGGGCCAUGUACGGUCAAAUCUUGGGUGAGAACCUCCUUCCCUCAGCCAGGGCAUUGAAAAUGGGCCAACUACAAGAAACGUCUGACCUCUGUGAUUGCCAACAAGUACUAAGUCAUGUUUUGCAUAGGGGUCAAAUACUUAUUUCCCUCAUUAAAAUGCAAAUCAAUUUAUAACAUUUUUGACAUGCGUUUUUCUGGAUUUUGUUGUUGUUAUUCUGUCUCUCACUGUUCAAAUAAACCUACCAUUAAAAUGAUAGACUGAUCAUUUCUUUGUCAGUGGGCAAACGUACAAAAUCAGCAGGGGAUCAAAUACUUUUUUCCCUCACUGUAAGUGAAGUAAAAAAUACAAAUAAUUAAAUGCUCUCGAUGGUGCAGCUGUAGAACUUUUUGAGGAUCUGAGGGGGAAUAGGCUUUGUCGUGCCCUUUUCACGACUGUCUUGGUGUGUUUGGACCAUGAUAGUUUGUUGGUGAUGUGGACACCAAGGAACAUGAAGCUCUCAACCUGUUCCACUACAGCCCCGUCGAUGAGAAUGGGGGCGUGCCCAGUCCUCUUUUUUUCCCCUGUAGUCCACAAUCAUCUCCUUUGUCUUGAUCACGUUGAGGGAGAGGUUGUUAUCCUGGCACCACACGGCCAGGUCUCUGACCUCCUCCCUAUAGGCUGUCUCAUCGUUGUCGGUGAUCAGGCCUACCACUGUUGUGUCGUCUGCAAACUUAAUGAUGGUGUUGGAGUCGUGCCUGGCUAUGCAGUCAUGGGUGAACAGGGAGUACAGUAGGGGACUGAGCACGCACCCCUGAGGGGCCCCUGUGUUGAGGAUCAGCGUGGCAGAUGUUGUUACCUACCCUUACCACCUGGGGGCGGCCCGUCAGGAAGUCCAGGAUCCAGUUGCAGAGGGAGGUGUUUAGUCCCAGGGUCCUUAGCUUAGUGAUGAGCUUUGAGGGCACUAUGGUGUUGAACGCUGAGCUGUAGUCAAUGAAUAGCAUUCUCACGUAGGUGUUCCUCUUGUCCAGGUGGGAAAGGGCAGUGUGGAGUGCAAUAGAGAUUGCAUCAUCUGUGGAUCUGUUGGGGUGGUAUGCAAAUUCAGUGGGUCUGGAAUAAUGGUGUUGAUGUGAGCCAUGAUCAGCUUUUCAAAGCACUUCAAGUCUACAGACGUCAGUGCUACGGGUCGGUACUCAUUUAGGCAGGUUAUCUUAGUGUUCUUGGGCACAGGGUCUAUGGUGAUCUGCUUGAAACAUGUUGGUAUUACAGACUCAGUCAGAGACAUGUUGAAAAUGUCAGUGAAGACACUUGCCAGUUGGUCAGCGCAUGCUCGGAGUACGCGUCCUGGUAAUCCGUCUGGCUCUGCGGCCUUGUGAAUGUUGACCUGCUUAAAAGUCCCGUUAGUUCUCUUAUAUACUGCUUACAGAGAAGUUGUAUUUGCAUGGUUCAUAGGGUUGGUUCCUGCAUGUGUCUGGCUCCGUCUCCUAUCUUAACUUAUAGAACAUAUUCUGGGCAUUCUGCCAGAUGGUUUUAAGGAGGGGGUCAUGUCACCCCCCCCUCAUAUCUUUACCAAGCACAGGCAGGAACCAAGGAUUAUUUACGACACGAAAUACAAAAUUAACUUUUUCAAGGCUGUCUCUUCACACGAGAACAUUUUCCAUCACAGUUGUUCUUGACUUUUGUAUUUUUUUGUUGUACUACAUACAGUAUAUUGAUUAUUGCAUUGUUGGGAAAGAGCAUGCAAGGCAUUUUACUGUACUUUGCACAUGAAAAAAAAACAUUAAAAUAUCUUCCACUGUCGUUACAGCAAAUCCUUCAUCUUGUAUCCAUUCCACUUUUUUUCCCUCCAUCCCACUUAGGGUUCCGUCUAAACAACCAGCUGUAUGACAUCAUCACCAUGCGCUACGCUGACGAGCACCUCAAUAUCGACUUUGACAGCUUCAUCUGCUGCUUCGUCAGGCUAGAGGGCAUGUUCAGUAAGUACACACUGGUUUGAUUAAUGUAAAUUCCACCAGAAACAUCAACACGCAUUCAUGUCUCAUUGAAUAAGAGUCAGAGAAAACAGAGAAAGAUAGGUGGAGGUCACGUGUAGCUCAGUUGGUAGAGCAUGGAGCUUGCAACGCCAGGGUUGUGGGUUCGAUUCCCACGGGGGGGCCAGUAUGAAAAUAUAUGCACUCACUAACUGUAAGUUGCUCUGGAUAAGAGUAUCUGCUAAAAUGACAAAAAUGUGGAUGUCACAGGAGGUUGGUGGCACCUUAAUUGGGGAGGACGGACUCGUGGUAAGGGCUGGAGCGCUAUUGGUGGAAUGGUAUCAAACACAUGGUUUCCAUGUGUUUAUGCCAUUCCAUUUGCUCCAUUCCGGCCAUUAUUAUGAUCCGUCCUCCCCUCAGCAGCCUCCACUGGUAGAGGUACUGUUUGAUCUGUAAGGGGUCUCUUCGCAGGGACGUUCCAUGCCUUUGACAGAGACGGAGACGGUAUAAUCAAGCUCAACGUCCUCGAGGUAAGCCCAGUAGGCCACUGUGCUACAAAGGUCACAUCACGUCCCUACAAAGGGGAAUUCACUCCAUUAACUCGUCCUCUUCUGUUUCUUUCAUCUCCUGUCCUCUCGUUACAGUGGCUCCAGUUGACCAUGUAUGCUUAGAUCACCCAGCCAUCAGAUGCAUUCUGCUCUCGUCUACCCACAGCCAUGCUUCUACCAACAUCGCCUUCCUCUACCUCAGCCAAUUCCCCAUGUUCUCUCUCUGACAAGACGACAUUGCCAUUACUCUCAUUCUAGCAUAGAAUACAAAUUAUAUGCAAUGGUGAUCUUUUCUGCAGUCAUUCUGCAGAGACGAUAUAUCUCACAACGCUGAGAGAAGUGUGUGAUGUCUCAAGAAACUACAUUAAUACGAUAUAGCAGUCUUCUAAGACGCACAGCUUGGCUGGAGAAAAAGACCACCUGGAAUGUGAACUUUGACUGGUGAGAGGUAGCACCUUGGCAGCACCAGCAGACAGGACAGCACUGAGGGACUUGAAUGGGGAACCCUUGCUCCAGUACAUUUGGCUAGUGCUUUAACCACAAGCCUUCAAGUGUUAUUGCCUGUCCUUAAAGGGGAAGGUUUUAGAACGCCAGCUCACUGUAACUGUAAAUAACAUGUUUAGUAUUAGUGUAUUGAAUACAUAUCGUUGCUUAGCUUUACUUCCUUAAGUGUUUCCAUUCCCCUUUGUCAUUGGUGGAAACUACAUUACAAAAUCAAAGUGUUUCUGUAAGUCUCUGUGAUAAUAUAAUGUGGAUACUCAGGUCUCGAGAGACAGUGAUGAUGCCGUUGGAUUGUUUCAGAAGCAUUUUUUAUUUAAAUUCAUUCAAAUCAAACUUGUACGAAUGUGUCCCAGUAUGGGAUAAGCGUUGUCGAGUCGUCAACGCUAAACCAAAUCUCUGGAUGUGAGCCCAGGUUGAAUUGUGUAAUGAAUGUUUUUGGAUUCCAAACAAAUAAAUAUGAUGUAAAUUAAGCAUUGCCACAAUUACCCAAUAACUCAUCUACCCAAUAAGGCGGAUUGGUUUUCUCCAACAGAACUGAACAACGGUUAGCUGGUCUAUCAUGAACAGGGCUCUAGACUAACAUGUUCUACUGGUGCCACUCAUUUUUUCAGUUGGUGGCACCAGCUCAUGAUUUGGUGGUACCAAAAAAAAGUAUUCUUGCAGCGUCACACAAUAGAAUAGAUUUUAGUAAUCUUAUAAAAUCAUUAAGUCAUUCACAAUGAUUUAUUAAGAAUGGUGUUUAAAAUAUUUUGAUAAGCAACCUAAUCCAGCAAUUGUCAUGUAUUUUGGGUUGACAAUUAGGAUUUUUUCAUUAUACUUUACUGUCAAAAUAGGGCUCCCAAAUGUUGAUUUUUUUUUUGUUCAAUAGAGAUGAAUUUGCCUUAAUCUUUAUGUGCAUUGAGAUUAUAUAUAGACCUAAUUCAAUUAGCGCUAACUCACCACCUGAGGAAGUGGAAACACAAAACACAUUAGCUAGAUUGCUAAUUCUAAAUAUAACACCUACUGCUAGUAGCUAGGCAUGGCUAACAGUAAAUGUAAUGUCCUAAGGAUUUUUGCAAUGGGGCCCAGUGCUCUUGCGAUGGAUAGGCGAGUGCCGCUUGCACAGUGUAAAUGGCCAGCUAGAACAGAAACCUGCAUAGUGAGCCUACAUGCUUUUGAACAGUUGUAUGAGUGAUGGACUAUUCACAAUGCCCAUCUCUUAAAUGAUAAAACAUUUAUUAAAAACUAACUAGUGAAAAAGACAGCCUACGUCACAUUUGUGUCCAUUUCCCCACUGUGUAUCACAGUUGUUGAUGACCAAAACUCCAUAUCAGUCUGGUUGGUUCUGAAUAACUAAGUUCAUAUAACCCUCAAACUCUGGACCUCAAAGCCAGUUC